CUUUCUCGUGCUAGGGGUCACGGGCCAUUUGUCUACCGAAGCUGGCAGCGACAACCUAUUUACAAUAGCUUGCAACCACGUCUGCAUGUCGGUUUUUAUCACUGCAAGAAACACGAUCACUCAUCUCCCCAUCUGAACCCAUACAACGAACUUGACCAAAAUAUCGUGCUGUCUCUACAAAAGCCCACUGACCUCAACCUUGUCCCAAUCGCCAACGUCAAAGCAGCCAUUCUCCCUAAUAGAAACAAUGGAUCUCAGAAACAUAUUGACCCCCAGCUAUCCCAUACAGGGUGGUUCUUUAGCGUGGAAAGGGCACCAACGCCUCACGAAAGAGACGAAAAUCCAAGUCUGCGAGAUACUGCAAGCCAGGGACGACAUGGACUCCCUCCACAGCCUCGCGGCGGUCAGCAAAGAGUUUUACACGAUCGCAACAGGGCUGUUCCAGCAGACCGUCACGCUAGAGCCGACAGACACCUCGAUCCGCCAUCUCAAAAUCUGCAUGGAGAAUCCGGGACUCGCCCGACGCGUGCGCCGGAUCGUUAUCAAGUCGGUGCACCCGGCCUUUGACGCACUAGGUGUCUGGCCGUACCGAUUCCCCGGCCAACACGGCGACGAACACGCCCAGGACUGGGAGGCGGUCGUCGCAGACCUCCACCGCCUGCCGGCCCUCGAGAGCGUCGUGUUGACGUUUACGACGCUCUGUGCGGACCAGCGUGACGAUCCGGACGAGGAGCAGCCCGUCACGUACAUUUGCGAGCCACCCGAGGUCCGAAACUGGAUCCUCAAAGUGGUUUUUGACGCCCUCGCUGCCAUCAACGACAUUCCAGGCCGACGCAUUGUCUCCUUUACUGUGAUGAACCUUCAAAACAAGAUCCAUGAAGCGGCGAGCUUACCGGCCUUCACAUCCGUCAUCUCGCGGCUCCGUGAACUACGCGUCGAAGUCGUGACCGAGGUGAUACCGCACCUUGGCUCGCGACCGGGCGAGGAGGAGGACAAGAAGGAGUACUGGGAGCUGGACAUGCAGAUCCGGCUCAAUUUCUGGGCCGACUUCAACAGAUUCUGGCUGGCGCCCGCACAGGCAACCCUUCAGCGGCUCUCGGUGUCUUGCUUGGACCCCUUUGGCGUCGUGCCGCGCUGGGACCUGUCGGCGUUGCACUUCCCGCACCUCCAGCACCUCGAGCUCGAAAGGUUCACCUUCUCGUACCGUUCGCAGGUGGAGUGGAUCGCGGCGCACAAGACGCUGCGGACGCUGUGGCUGCACGGCUGCCCCAUCGUGCAGCAGUGGCGCACCCGCGGCGAGUACGAGAGCGAGCUGGAUGUUGGGGCGCUGGUUCUGCACAGCGCGCAGCCGCGGACCCUGUAG